ACAUUUAUAGCAGGGCGUAUGAGGAAGUUAUUAUACCAGGAAUAAACAAAAGCAUCGCUUCAACCAGCAAUAGGAUUCGCAUUUUCGCAAUAAUGCCUGCAAAGAAAGUGUGCAUCGUGGGAUCUGGAAACUGGGGCUCUUCCAUUGCCAAAAUAAUCGGGCAUAAUGUCAAAGCCUCCAACCGGUUCGACCCAAUGGUGAACAUGUGGGUUUAUGAAGAGAUGAUCGAUGGGAGGAAGCUAACAGAGAUCAUUAAUACCGAUCACCAAAAUGUCAAAUAUCUACCAGGUCACACGCUGCCCAGGAAUGUGGUCGCUGUUCCAGACAUCUCAGAAGCCGUCAGAGGAGCGAAGAUCCUGGUCUUUGUAAUCCCUCACCAGUUCAUCAGCAAGCUGUGUGAUCAGAUCAAACCCCACAUCUCGGAGGGAACCAUCGGGAUAUCCCUCAUCAAAGGUAUCGAUGAGGGACCAGAUGGACUUAAGCUCAUCUCUGACAUCAUCCGAGAGAAACUGGAGAUAGAGGUCAGCGUCCUAAUGGGGGCCAACAUCGCCAGCGAGGUCGCAGAUGAGAAGUUCUGUGAAACCACCAUCGGUACGUUUUGUCUAUUCAGCUGCCAAAAAAAUCUGCCUGGAUGAUGUGUGGUGGUCAG